CGACUUAAUAAAAAACAAAUUACAUCAUUUAAUUUGACAGAUUCUAUCUUGAACGUGCCCUAAUCUAUGCUGUUUAUCUGUGAUAAGGAGAUACGCAGGGAACAUCGUGUAAAUCAAACUAUGUGGUAUUCGAAAAUAAUAAUAACAAACUAGUUUUGUUUUGUUGUUAUAGUGGUACUAAGAGGUCCGUUGUUUUAUUGAUUAAUAAGAGUUUAAACAUGUCAACUUCAGCAAACCCUGUUCGUGCAAUUCAGAGCACUCGGUUCAGUGGGAAGGUGGCUAUUGUAACAGCAUCGACUGAAGGAAUUGGGUACGCAAUAGCUAAGAGGCUGGGAAGUGAAGGUGCUUCCGUAGUCAUCUGCAGCCGGAAAGAGAGCAACGUUGGGAAAGCUGUGCAGAGCCUCCGAAGCGAGGGCAUUACAGUGGAAGGAGUCGUCUGUCACGUCGCCAAUCAUGAACAUAGGAGACGAUUAUUUGAAGUGGCCACAAGUAAGUUUGGCGGAGUGGAUAUCCUGGUAUCAAACGCCGCGGUCAAUCCAGCGGUGGCUUCGAUCUUAGAUACCGACGAACAAGUCUGGGACAAAAUAUUUGACGUUAACGUGAAAAGCUCCUGGCUGUUGGCCAAGGAGGCGUAUCCGGAGCUGGUCAAGAGAGGAGGGGGCAGUAUCGUAUUCAUAUCUUCGAUUGCAGCGUAUCAACCAACGGAGCCUCUAGGUGCCUAUGGUGUUAGUAAAACGACGCUCCUUGGACUUACGAAGGCGAUAGCCAACGAAACAGUACACGAGAACAUCAGAGUGAACUGCGUCGCUCCCGGGAUCGUCGUCACAAAGUUUGCAUCCGCGAUAACAAACUCCGAGGCUGGGGCGGAGAAGAGCCUAUCGAAUGUCCCAUUGAAAAGAUUCGGGAGACCAGAAGAAAUUGCUGGUGCCGUAGCGUUUUUGGCUUCGGAUGACGCCAGCUACAUCACCGGAGAGACUGUUGUGGUUGCUGGAGGGGCGCCCGCACGACUUUGAGUCGUCGCUAGAGUCCACCUGAAAUAAGUUUCAUACGAAUUUCAGAUAAAGGCAUUGAUGACGCAUCGGAGUCAAUAAAUGAAUGAUAUAAAUAAACUUCUUUAAAUAUA